AUGGAAGAAAUUUCUCGCGGAGGGACUAAGAUCCGCGGUGUUGCUCCUCAUGGAAAACCAAAGACUGUCCUGGAAUUUGCGCCGUGUAUGCGUAAAAUAGUGGCACAAAGAAAAGCGAAAUCGGAGAAAGAUGCUGCCGCCAAAGCGCAGUCGAUGCUCUCCCCGUCAUCCGGAGAUGUGACUCAUGCCAAUGCUGGUACAGCGGUGCUGGGUCGUCGACGCACUAAGGCUGAAAUAGAAGCGUUUUUCAAAAGACUUAGCACGCCGAAAUCGGUGGUCACUCUCAAGAAGAAAAAUGAAAGAGGAAUGCGAAUUUUGGCGAAUCCCGUUAUGGGACGAUGA